AGAACAAGGAGGGGCCAAACGAAGAGAGGAUUUAAGGCUAUAAAAGACUGUUUCUGUGUGCUCCAAGUCAAUGUUUUGCCUUAAACCACAGCACAUCCUGCUCCUGUGUGCACCUGAGGACUAGAGACAAGUUGAGGCAGCAUGGAUGUAAGUACUUCAUCAAAUUCUCAGAUCUCUACACUGCAUUCUGAUCCUCUGUGUGGCAGCUGCCCGUCCUCUGGUUCUGCCCCACAGGCUAACAGCCUUUGGCCCAGCCUGUCACCUUCUGGAGCUGGAUUCCCCGCUUGGCCGGGACAGGCCACUCAACCCGCACCGUGCUGGACAGGCCAGACAAACACACCCUGCUGGCCUGGGACGCAACCAGCUCCAGUCUCUGUCCCCACUCCAUUUCCAGUCCAAGCUCCCACUCAAGUGAUAACACCACCUCCUGCACCAACCACAACUAUAGUUCCAGCUCCAACUGCAGUGCAGCCCUGUCAGCCUUGCUGGCCGGGCACCCAGUACCAGCCUCCUCAGCCACCAGUUCCAAUUCAAGUUCAAGCCCCAAAUCCAACUCCAACUCCAGUUCCAGUGCCUGCACCUGCUCCCAGCAUCCAUCCAAAUGUACCAGGCUGGCCUGCACAUCCCAGCUGGCCCUAUAACCCGGGACAAUCAGGGUGGCCUGGGCAGAAUCCGUCUAUCAUGCCUCCACACUGGCUCCCACCCACAUCUGGACCUCUAAGCGUGCCAUACAACUUGAACCUGGCCCGAGGGGUGUAUGACAAAAUGAUGAUGACGAUCUUGGGCUAUGUGAAACCAAACGCUAAAAUGUUCACAGUGAACUUCCUGAGAGGCAACGACAUCGCCUUUCACAUCAACCCCCGCUUCAACGAGGCGGGCAAGCAGGUGGUCGUCCGCAACCACAAACUGGGUGAACGCUGGGGUGCCGAAGAGAGAGACCUGAAGGGUCCCUUUCCUUUCGCGCUUGGGAGCCCUUUUGAGAUGAAGAUCCUGUGCACGCCUGAGACGUUCAGGGUGGCAGUGAACAACAUCCCCCUGUUUGAGUUCCGUCACCGCAUCAGAGAGCUCAACCAGAUCGACAGAAUCAACAUCUUGCAUGAUGUCGUCCUGACAUACGUCAAUGUGGAGACACUUCCUUAAGAAAUUCAGCUUUAGCCACACGGAUGAACGCAUAUAUACGACCGCGUGUUUAUGCAGCAGAGAUACAUAUAGGUAGAUAAACGGUGUGACACAUACUCUUACGGUAUUUACAUGCUACAUCUUGGGGGUAACGUUUCAGUUAAUGUUUAGCAUUAUGCUCUAAAAUGGGAUAAAUAAGCAUGUUAGUUGGUUCUGUGAUGUGUAAGGUAAUGAGCUGAGCUCAUUGAUUAACAAUAAGGAAUACGUCCUGUGCCACAGCACUAACCACUUCAUCCACAGAGGCAUUUGAUUUUCUGUAUAGAUGCUACUGCUACUAGUUUUAUUGUAGACAAUAACAUAAUCUAUAAUAUUAAAGUGCUACUAACUGAGAACUAUGUAUGCACCGAUGUUGGAAAAAAACAGCAACACUGGUUCAUGAUUAUUACCUCUCGAUUAGUAUUAACUGUAGAAAUCCUUUAAUAAUAAAUGUACAAGUGUGUAAUCAA